AGAGACGUAAUUCUACUUAUUUCAGCAGGCAGAACGCAUUUCAGUUGACGACGCAGCACAAUUAACAUCAAAUAACUAGCAUUAAUUUAGCACUUUUCCAAAACUACAAUACAAUACAACUGUGCAAUAAUCAUAUAUACCCCCCGCAAUAAUCAUCGAUUGCGCAUCCUUCUUUGUUCUUGCGCGCAGAAACACAUGUGCGCGGUGUAAGAAGAAGAACCACAACAUCACUUCACUUGUAAAUAUCUCACUUUUCGCACCGUCAUCCUCGUCGAGAAUGUCGCAACUGGACAACCUAUUCAUCCAGGUCCGUGCUCUCCUCCAGUCCGAGAGCGUGAUGCUGUGGGAGGAGCCCUACUACUCCGAGGAUCUCGGCAGCAUCGAGGGCGCCCUGGAGAACCUAGCCCAGAAGUACUCCGAAAUCGUGGGAGUCGAUAUGAAUCGCUGCAAGUUCAUUUUGACCGAGCUGCAGGAGAAUGCGCUCCGCAAGCUGGCCGCUCGUCGGGAGUUCAGCUCCACUGGAAUGGCCACGUUCAAGGUGCGUCGCAUUGACAAGCACAGCGGGGCCACGAUGGUGGAAGUAAAGUGCAGCUUGGACAUCCUGGGCUCCGAACUCCAGGCAGACAUAGCCAAGAAACUCGAGCUGCCGAAUGCCGAGCACGUCAAGUGCAUAGCUGCCGGAAAAAUUGUGAACGCCCAUUCCACUUUGGCCGAUCAGCAGCUGAAGAACAAUCAGCAGUUGAUUGUUAUCGUGGGCGAUGGCGAUAAUCCUGGCGAAGCCCUUUACGAAAGAAUCAAUCGCAUCAAGGCUGAUGUGCAAGCGGUGGUGUCCUCGAAGAAUGGCCUAAUAGAGAUGGAGGAUCAGAAUGGCAGCCAAGUAUAUUUGCCGCCUUCCGAGCAUAAGGCCCUGCUCAUGGGUUUGGGAUUCUGUGAGAAGGCCCGUGCGGCCAUGCAUCGCGAACACUUUGAGGAGGCCCUGCUCCUGCUUUUGGAGGCCGACGCCUACUUCUCCGGCUGUGACUCAAAGUUUCUAGAGAGCGUGGACAACUAUGCUUUGCUGAACCUGGACAUAGUGUGGUGCUAUCUCUGCCUGAAGAACGUCACCCAGAUUCCGGAUGCUGAGCGUCGCUUGGCCUGCUGCAGCCGCAGUUUCCGCAUCAGCUACGGCGAGAAUUUCGAGAGACUGUACUCCUUGAAGGGCAAGAACUGCCCGGAAAGGGCUUUGAUUAUGCGUCUUCAGCUGCUCCAGGGGGUGGUCUUUUUCCACCAGAAUCGUCGCGAUGAGGCAUUCGAGCGCUUCGAGGCGGCCAACAACCUGCUAAAGGAACUAAAGAUCAACGGCGACCAACUGGCUCUUCUGGUCGAAAUGGGCUUCGAGGCCUCCGAGGCUCGCAUGGCCCUGCGCUCCUGCAAGGGCGGCAACGAUGUCGAGCGCGCUGUUCAGUUUAUUCAAGAGCGUCGUCAGCAGCUCAAGGAUGCACGCAAAAAGUACAAAACUACCGAGCGUGCUAUGGAGCGCCGCUUGAAGCGCUCAAACUCGAAAGAUUGCACUUGGGUGAAUCCCCGCAGUGUCUGCAGCCUCACUGAAAUGGGAUACGAAAACGGUCUGGCUACUAUCGCCUUGCAGCGCUCUAAAAAUGAUAUCCUUAAAGCGGUGGAACUGCUGCAGACAGAAGCAGACGAACUUAAUGCUGUUUCGCCCCGUGCUCCAGUGACCAUCGACGCCAUGAAACUGGCUCAGCUUCUCCAGCUGGGAUUCUAUGAGAAGGACUCGCGCGUGGCCCUAGAGAACGCAUCGAAUAACAUCGAAGAGGCCAUCGAGAGCCUGAUGUGCGCCAUAGAGAGCGAGGAGGAACUGAAGACGAUUCUAGAGCACGUUUCACGUAUGGCCAAACCUGGAGAUCAAAAUCUUGAUGGUCCCUCUACUUCGACCGCCUCAGGGCAGGCGCAAACUACACUGCCAUCGCCCAUCAUCGAAGCUGUUCUGAAUCAUGCUCGCUCUGAGAUAGAAACUUACAAGGCCUACGAUCGCUUUAACUCUGACCUCAAACUGAGCGAUAUGGAGUACCUUGACUUGCCCCUGAUCCAGGAGGAGAAGGUCCUGACUGAGUAUUUUAAUAUGCUGCGCCAGUAGAUUGCAUUCGUCUUGCCUUUGUUAUAUCUAUACAAAAAAUAGAGAAACCAAAACCAGUUGUCAAGAUAA